UCCGUUUUCUGCUUCAAAGAUGGGCAUAGGAAAGUCCAAGGGCAAGCCCACCGGUCACCGCAACUUCUCGACUCGCGAAGAAAUUAUUGCUGGUAAUUCUUCUCGCCCACGAACUUUUAAGAAGGAAGAAGUCGAAGAAGAGGUGGAAGAGUCUGAAGAGGAAGUAGAAGAAGAAGAUGAAGAGCCUGAGAAGCGGAAAGGCACCCAAGGUCUAAUUGAGAUUGAAAAUCCCAAUUUGGUGAAAGCAAAGAAUGUGAAGGCUGGAAAUGUUGAUCUGGAGAAAAUAAUGACUGAACUCUCAUGGCAUGAAAGAGAAGAGAUAGAAAAACAAAAAGCACAUGGGCGAUACAUGAGGCUGCAGGAACAAGGUAAAAAAACGAAACGCCCCGUUUCAUUUUAUACAUGUGGAUGGCCGUGUACGCCGGGUUCCCCAACCCCAGGUGCAAAUAACUUUUUUCAAAGAAAAAUGUUAUUCUUCACAUUAAAUGAGUUAAACAGCAAAUUCUGA